GCGAUUAAAUACUAGAGACGUAAACCUUUCCCUGACACAGACUUCAAGUGAUAGAGCUCUAGUAUCGAAACCCGAAACGGGAUACCCGAUUAGGAUUAGUUUUCCUAGACAAAACCAAGCUAUGAACACAGCAACAAAUGCUGUGAACUAAAAGGCAUACUGCCAACUAAAAUACAAUUCCAGGAUGACUGAUGGACCUAAACCAAUAAAUGAAACCUCGUCAUCCUGUGAUCGGAAGAUGUUAUCCAUCUGGAUAACAGGGCACAUUUAUGUUAUAUGUUGUGCUGUGUGGAUUUGUGAUGUCUGUAUAAUGUGCAUUUGUAAGGUUCUCUGUGUAUCGUGAUACUUUGUAAUAAUUAAUUUCUUUUAUUUUUGUAACAAAGGUUCAAUCCCUGAGUUGCGUAAGCAAACUGAAUUGAAUUUAUCUCAGUUGAGUGUUGACAGACUACUUGAAUUCAACUCACAUAAAUCGCGGGGGUAGACGAGGCAAGUGAGAUGAUUUCGUUUGACUUAAAUGAAGAAGUUCAACUUUCGUUCAAGUCAAGUCACUAGCUCAAGUCAGGUGAAUGGUGGUAUUUACACGUUCAAUUCGCAUCAAAUUGGGCAUUUUCCACUUAGGGUAUUGGUUCCCUUAUUAAGCAUGUGGCUCCCAUUUUCAUCCUACGAAAAUCAAAGGAUUGAAGCGUUGUUUGUUUUGUUUCAUAUUUUUGUAUUUUUUGUUAGAAGUGAGCACGCAUGAAAACAAAAGAACGGAAUCAAUCGGUGCCGUAUUCGCUUGUUUUCGAAUAGGAUGAAAAUGGGAGCAUGAGAUUACUGAUGGCACACAUACCCUACUUGAUUUAUUUUACUUGCACCGUCUAAACCAGACAUAAAACAGGUAAAAAAACCUAUCUGGGAUGCAGUGUCUGCAAAUAACAAUUAUAGCAUUUACGGAUUACUAUCGCACAUUCAGUUAAAUGCAUAGCUUUCGACACCUGCUACAUCCGAUCAAUGCAUCGCCAUUACAAAGUAAACUAUAUAACCGCGGGCAAGGUCGCAAACAGUUGCUAGUACUUCCCGGACCGUCAAUACCAGAAAACCCCGUCGCAAAAUGUUCAAACUCGCAUUCCUGGUGUUUGCUGUGGGAACGUUCUUCUGCACGAAUUCCAUUUCAGCGGAGCCAAACAUGCUGCAGGAAGCCAUGGACAAAAUGCCUCUUGCCAUGCAAGGCGUGGUGAAACAACUGGGUGGCCCCAUGGCUCAGAUUGCAGAAAUGGGCAAAAAGUUGCUCGGAAAGUUCGGCCGAGGUCAACGCGAGCGCUCCAAGCGAUCUUCUGAAACAAGAUACGUGGUAACCAGUGGGGACAAAGCCAACUACCAGCAGGUGGAGGUCAAGCAUAAAUGGGACAACGAUCAUCUUGACCAGCAGCAGCAGCAACAACAACCAGAAGCAGUCACCUGCUUGCUGAAGGAGAAUGAAGUGUUCUGGUUGGAAAUGGUUUCCACGGCGCUGAUCUACGUUUCGCAGGAAAUAAAGAAAGUUUUGAAUGGAAAAGUAAUCAGGCAGCAAAUGCCACAUGACAUGUACAAUCGUACCAGGAUUUAGUUACGUUCAUGUAGAUUUACGUGCGAGAAACAGAAAUAAAUAAUCCUGUUUAUAAGAGCAUUUUUUAAAAAUUUCUGAAAAUUUUGUUCGAUCGAUCCCAGCCGGUGUCCAAGGGAGGGGUUUUUAUGGUUAACUUCUCCCCACUCUCUUGCUGGGCGCCCCUCCGUCUUUUACAGCUCUUACAGAGCACGAAAAUUAUCUCAAUUUUGCAUUUUUGAUUUGCUUACAAUUUUGCACAGCUGUUUUAAUUAAUAUAAUUAACCACUUUUUUCAUAUUAUAACAGUUAAUCGAGUCUGCAAAACGGUAAGUCGAUAAGGAGAACGUCCAACAUAGCUCUGGUCCUCACAAGUUCCUACCUAAUGCUUCCACGGGUCAAGCGAUGACAAAGACCGCCAGCUAGGAGUUUUGUGCUUAGCAGGUAGUGCAGCCUGGCCACUGUUGUCCUUCUGACUUCAGCUAGAUUGAGGAGGUACGUCCCGAGCGUCUGUUCACCAGGGCGGUGCGGCUCAAACAGCGUCUGUUCUGACAUCCAGCGGUUGAAUAUGAAACGCUGUAUCGCGUCAGCUAUACCUAAGGUGGCAACCCCACCAACGCGAUGUAGGCAGCGCGACCCCGGUAAGGUAGCCUGUCGAAGCCUUUCAACACUAUGAAAAAUGAAGUAAGAAAUAGAAUAUGCGAACGAUACUCACGGAAACCGACCUGGCAACGAAAUAAGGACUAUGAUUGGAAACUCGGUACCUGGAACGUCGGGACCUUAAAUGAACCUGGACGAGUGAGCCUUUUGGCUCGUGAAUAGCAGAAAGUUGGUGUGUGCGUAGCUGCUAUACAGGAAGUGCGGUGGCCCAAAACUGGUGAACGUGAAUUCAGGGCGGUGGAUCCCGUCGCCAACACAUCGUUCAAAUAUAACAUUUACCACAGUGGCAGCGAUAAGGCAGAACAUGGGGUCGGAUUCAUAGUGAUCGGGAAACAGAUGAAGCGAGCUAUGAGGUGGAAGCCGAUCAACGAGCGGAUCUGCGUAUUGAGGAUCCGGGGCAAAUUCUUUAACUACACCCUGAUCAAUGUCUAUGCGCCGACAAACGAGAAAACCGAUGAUGUGAAGGAUGCGUUUUAUGAAUGUCUUGACACGACCUAUGGAGAAUGCCCAAAACACGAUGUUAAGAUUGUCAUCGGUGACGCCAAUGCACUUUUCCGUCCAAUCAUCGGUACGGAGAGCCUUCACUCCGUCACUAAUGACAACGUCCUGAGAUUAGUCAACUUUGCUGCCGCCAUUGGGAUGGCCAUUAGUAGCACCUACUUUGCACACAAGGAUAUCCGCAAGCACACCUGGAGACACCCAAACGGCGAGACUUGCAACCAAAUCGACCAUGUGCUGGUAGAUGGCCGACAUUUCUCGGUCGUAAUUGAUGUUAGAACUUUUUGAGGUCCCAACAUCGGCUCAGAUCACUAUCUCGUAGUUAGUAAGAUUCGAGCUCGGUUAUCAACCGUGUCGGACUCUAGGAACCGGCGAUCGAUGGGUUUCAACAUCCAGCGGUUAUCAGCAGACGGUACGGUAGCUGACUAUCACCAGAAGCUGGACGAGCGGAUAAGUGAGAUCAACGAGAGCGAUAAUCUCAACACUCUGUGGGAGUCUAUCCACGGAGCGAUGAGUACAGCAGCGCGGGAGGUGAUAGGUACUGCUCAAAGACGACCUAGAAACGGGUGGUUCGACGAGGAGUGCCAGAGAGUAACGGACGAGAAGAAUGUCGCCAGAAGCCGGAUGUUGGUGUCGGGGACCCGGUAGAGCAGGGAGCGAUAUAGGGAAGCAAGAGUAGCCGAAAAACGAAUCCACCGCAAAAAGAAAAAAGAGCACGAGGAAAAUGUGAUUGCUCAGGCGCAAGAGAGUAUGCAACAGAAUGAUAUGCGGAGUUUUUACGAAACUGUCAAUG